CAACUAUCGUAAGUUGGCAUCUCGGACGAAGUCAGUACUCGUAUCUGUCCUCCGUACGGAGGGUGCAUUUCGUUGCUUUCCAAAUCUACUAGUAUAAAGUCCCCGCACUGUCUUUACCAUCGUCCACUUGCUCAACCAUCGACCAGCAGACUCUGUCAUUGACCAUUAGUAUUCGUCUCAGAGCAAUCUAUCAAUAUGGCGUCCAAACCAUCCAUCCUGCUGAUCCCAGGCUCCUUUUCCCAUGCCAGCAUGUACUACCCGUUGCAGGAUGCCAUCCAAGCCCUAGGCUACGAAUGCUUCGUCAACAACGCCCCCUCGGCCAGCCGCAAUCCCCCCGAAGAGCCGGCGACCUUGGAGGACGACGCCGUCUUCUUUAGAGGCAUCAUCGAGAAACUGGCCGACCAAGGCAAGGACGUUGUUGUCGUCCCGCACUCGUACGGUGGCAUUAUAGCCACCGAAGCUGCCAAAGGUGCUAGCAAGGCCGACCGACAGGCGAGCGGUAAGCCCGGGGGAAUCGUCAAGAUUAUCUACCUCACUGCUAUUGUGCUCCCUGAAGGCGGGUCGAGCCGGAAGGAUUAUGGCGAACCGCCAGCAGCAUUGGUUCAUGUCGGCGAGGAUGGAUUCAUGAGAAUCACUGGCGUGGAAUUAUGCGCGCAAGCGACAUUCAACGAUUGGCCCUAUGAGAAAGCACUCGAAAUCACCAAGACCAUGACCAGACACUCGGCGCCCAGCUUCGCGGGCAUCCUGACAUAUCCAGCAUAUAAGCAUAUCCCGUGCUCGUACAUCUUCUGCGAGCACGACAUGAUCAUUCCGCCCGAGAAGCAACAGCAUUAUAUCGACCAGAUCAAGGAAGGAAGUCGCAAGGAAGUGGAGGUCCACAAACUCCUCACGGGACAUUGUCCAACCGUGACUGCCACCAAUGAGACAGCGAAGGUCAUUGUCGACAUGGCUAGUUCACAUAAGCAAUCUGCAACUCUCAAAUGAGGGAGCCCGUCGUACCUCGCUGAAGUCUCGAAGACUUUGGAUUGUAGAAACAGGAUAUGGAAGACACUUCGUCAGAAGCCAGCUCACUUAUGGUUCGGAAUUGAUCACUAGAACAUAAGACUAUGUUUG